CGAGCCGGGGGCUGUAGUUCUGGGCCGGAGUUCUGGGGCCGGAGCCGGGCGGAAGCCGCCGGGGCCCUUCCUUCCUCAGCCGCCGCUCGGCUAAAGCCGGGGGUGCGGGCGGUCGGCCCGGGGCGGUGGCGCGGAGGAGGGCGGGUGCGAGGUGCGGAUUUGGGAUGGCUCUGCCGCCUCAGAGGAGGAGAUUCAACGUGAAAGAGAGGAAGUCACAUUACUUUAACUGUCUCAUUUGAAAGAAUGGCAUUUGUUGAACUUCGUCAUUCUGUUUGUUUUAUUUGUACUGAGAAGCUGAACUGAGAAGCUUGUGAAGCAUAUAUCUUCUAGAUACUGCUAAUCAGUAGUAUCCCAGAUGAAAUAAGCAUGUUGUAAGAUGGCAACAAAUCUGGAGUAUAAAUCAGUCUACAGAAGUUACUUGGUACCAGGUUUGUUUGUGGCUCACUGGACUGAUAGCUCUCACUUACUCUGUCUCUAAACCAAAGCCCUCUUCCUAUCAGAGCAAUAAAGAGACAGUGCACAGAAUGCUAUUUUGAAGUAGAUGAACUGUGAAGAAAGAACUCAUGAAUUUUUGAUCACCAAGGCUUGGAGAGCAUCCCUGAUGUCUGCUCCAGUGUGGACCUUCCUGAGGUAGAGUUGGUGAGCAUGCUAGAAGAGCAGUUGCCAGAUUACAAGUUACGUGUGGACUCUCUGUAUCUGUAUGAAAAUCAAGAUUGGAUUCAAGCCCCUGCUUGCCAUGGCCAUCUUCCUGAAAUCACCACUUCAGUUCAUGAUGAGGAACCCUUCCAUUACAGGACUCUUAUUGAACUUCCGUCCUCCUCCUCCUUGGCUGGACCUCACAAAUUUGCUCAAGUUCUUGGCACAGAUAAUAUGGAGCAGAAAACCUACAGUGAUGCUGAUAUGGUCAAACAUCUGCUAGCUGAGAAAGAUCGAGACCUGGAACUGGCAGCUCGAAUUGGGCAAGCCCUCCUGAAGCGAAACCAUCUGUUGACAGAACAGAAUGAAGCACUGGAAGAACAGCUAGGACAAACUCUAGAUCGAGUUAACCAGCUACAGCAUGAGCUGUCAAAGAAAGAUGACCUGCUUCGUAUCGUUUCUAUUGCUUCUGAGGAGAGUGAAACUGAUUCCAGCUGUUCCACACCACUUCGUUUCAACGAGUCUUUCAAUGUAUCACACGAUCUGUUGCAGCUGGACAUCUUGCAGGAUAAACUCAGGGAGCUGGAAGAGGAGAACCUUGCUCUCCGAUCGAAGGCUUGCCAUCUGAAGACAGAAACCAUUACAUAUGAAGAGAAGGAACAGCAGCUGGUCAAUGACUGUGUCAAAGAGCUCCGGCAAACGAAUGCUCAGAUUUCCAGAAUAACAGAAGAGCUGUCAGAGAAGAGUGAGGAGCUGGUUCGAUACCAGGAAGAGAUCUCAUCCCUCUUGUCUCAGAUUGUUGAUCUUCAGCAUAAACUCAGAGAACAUGUGAUUGAAAAGGAGGAGUUGAAACUUCACUUACAAGCUUCCAAAGAUGCUCAGAGACAACUGACAGCAGAGCUCCAUGAGUUGCAAGAUCGGAAUGUGGAGUGUCUGGGGAUGUUGCAUGAAUCACAAGAAGAAGUGAAGCUGCUGCGCAGCAGAGCCAGAUCAGUUGCCUGUCUCUGCCACCCCCAGCCGUGUGGAGCAUUUCCCAUGGAUUCCCUUGCAGCAGAAAUUGAAGGGACAAUGCGAAAGGAAUUAAGCCUGGGUGAUGAAUCCAUUCUCUCCAAGCAAAAGGAUCAGCAGAAACGAGUGUUUGACACUGUCAAGGUUGCUAAUGUCACUCAAGGCCGCUCCUCUUCCUUUCCUGCCCCACUGCCAAUCCCUGGAUCUAAUCGGUCAAGUGUUGUUAUGACAGCAAAGCCUUUCCUGUCUGGCAUGCACCACUUGGGGAGCCACACACAGAUGACCCAGAGGAGCAUCUCUGAGAGUUUCAAAGGCUCUCGUAUUCCUGGCCAGCCUGGAACCCCUGGAGACAAUGACUUGGUCACAGCUCUGCACAGGCUCUCCCUCCGUCGUCAGAACUACCUGAGUGAGAAGCAGUUCUUUGAGGAGGAAUGGGAGCGAAAAAUGCAUCUGCUGGCUGAGCACAAAGAAGGGGCUAGUGGCUGCAGCACACCAACAGGAAGCUGUUUUUCCCCCAGUACAAACUCAGAAUUCACUGAUCUGACUACCAGCUCUAGUAAUCUCCGUGUCCUUCUGCCAGAAAAAUUGCAAAUUGUCAAACCCAUUGAAGGAUCUCAGACCCUUUUCCACUGGCAGCAGCUUGCUCGACCCAACCUAGGCACCAUUCUUGACCCAAGACCAGGUGUUGUUACAAAAGGUUUUACCCCUCUGUCUGAUGAUGCUGUGCACCACAUCUCUGACUUGGAGGAGGAUGAUGAGGAAGGAGGUGAAGGAAAUAUAACAGUUCAAGUGCAACAGUCCUUCCCAGAGGAAAAGAAAAGUACAGUGGCAAAGCCAGUGGCAGGGAUUUUCCUGCCACCUAUUACUUCAGCAGCAGUAUCACUCGCUGCUUCAAAUCCAGGAAAGUGUCUGUCUUCCACAAAUUCCACGUUUACCUUUACAACCUGUAGGAUCCUUCACCCAUCUGAUGUCACCCACAUUACUCUCAGCUCUGCGGGUGCCCCGUUUUCACUUGGAAGUACUGGCAGCAGUAUUGGAAACCCAGUAGUGAGCACUCCAGCCGUGUCUUGCAGGCCUAGCAUUGGGGAAUUUCUCACUAACAGAAGAGAUUCAACGACAACCUUCAGCAGCACAAGCAGUCUGGCUAAACUUCUGCAAGAACGAGGCAUCUCUGCCAAGGUUUAUGAUAGCCCCAUAUUAGAAAAACUGCCUUUGCUACAGCCCCCUCAAACUCUCCCUAUUCCUUCUACUCCACCUAAUUCUCCUUCACACUCACCUUGUUCUUCCCCUCCACCUUUUGAGCCUGGAGUACAUCACUCAGAAAAUUUCCUGGCUUCUCGACCAGCAGAAACAUUCUUGCAAGAAAUGUAUGGCCUGAAGUCUUCUCGUAGCUCUGCAGACACAGGCCAGCUGAAGAUGAACCUCGUGGACAGGCUGAAGAGGCUGGGUUUUGCUAGGGUGAUGAAGGUCCCCGAGACACAGGACCAUGGGAAACAUCAGGGGCCAGAGGUUUGCUUGCCAAAGCAGGAGACUGCUGUGUUUUUUCAUGCAGGUAGCAAUUUAAUGGCAGGACUGAGAAAGAAUCAGUCUUCCAGCCUUGACCGGAGCAUUGGGAGCUCCAGUUUGCACACAGUCAUAAAAAGUUAAUGUUGUAAAGGAGGACUGGCUGGUCUGAAAAAUUGCAGGCUUCAAGCAGAGUAAACAACACUUGAGGCAUAAAUGUCCAAUACAGGCAUUGUUAGUUGUGUUACAGAAGAGUUGGAGAAGGCACGUGCAUGUUAAUGGUGUGGGAGAGAGAAGUGUUGGGAGCACGGACAAAAAGAACAUUGUCUGGGUUUGAGGAAGGAGGCUUUUGUGGAAAAUAAGAAAGAAGAAACCAAAGCUUAGUUUUGAGACCCCCUUAAUAAUUUGUCUUAACUUAAACAAAAAUAAAAUAUCAUGCUAGACAGUCUCAGUAUUUCAGCCUUUAAAAAUCUGCAUGUAGAACUGCCUUGCAGGUGCUGUUCUAUUUUUUUCACCAUACGACCAGGUUGUUUUACUAGUUGUUAGCAGUUACACUCUAUCAUUUGAAUGCAAUGCCAAAAUAACAGUCAAAAGACCAGCAUGAUUAGUCCCAAGUUCCUCCCUGUAGCAAAUAUGAAAACUUGGAUUUUUGUCUUGUAAUUUCUGUUGCAGAAACUGACCUCUUUCAAACUCAAAUGCCCACACUGAGUUCUAGAGAUAACGUUUAAUUGUACAUAACAAAACAAUACUUCUGUUUGCAAACACAGAAACUACUCAUCAGAAUUUGUAUUUUGAAAGAGGGCAAUUGUGCAAGUGAGGUAUUAACAGUGGUUAGAUUUUUUUCUGGAGCUUCUGCAGAGGAAGGUGCAAUUAGUAGGAAUUAAGAAUCAGGAAAGUAUGUAUUAGGGUGAAAACUGCAAGCUAAGAAAUAGGUAUUCUUGUGCAUUAAAAAAAUAUCUCGAGCACAUUUCAUUGUUGCAAAAGGAAUUAAAAUGAAGGUGCUUGAGGAAAGGUUUCUUUUUAUUUGACAUAAGUGGAGAGCAUUUGCUUCAAGACAAGUGUCAGAAAUUCAGUAAGCUGAUUCUUCUCUUUACAGGUGACUUUCUGUAUAUCUGAGAAUCUCAUGCCUUUCAUUCACUUAUUUCUGCAUUUAGGCAGAGCUUUGUUUAAAACAUUUCAUGAAGAGCAAAAUUUACCAGUCUAUAUUCAGAAAGGCAGUGUUCUUUGUAGUAUUCUAAUGAGAAGAAAUCAUUUUGUGGAGAGUGGUACUGAACCUGAUUCUGAACAAAGCUGGGGUGGUCUUCCUGAAUUGAAAGAGAAGUCUGUUUUAGAAAUCUGAUUUCUGAGUGGAAGUCAGAAAAAAAUUACUGCCCAUGCAGCUUUUUGGAUUCCUUCCUGUCCAAGGUUUUUGGCCAUAACUGAAUAAUCUACAAUAGAUUUAUACUGUAAUUUAAGAAAAAAACGUUUGCCAAAAAUUCCUCAGAGGAAUGGGUCUUCACUAGUGACCUGAACGGAAACAGGUUCUUAAUCUUUUAAUUUUUCACUGAACCUAUCAACAUUUUAAAACAUUUUCAGGUUUAUUUUCCAUGCAAUUAGAUAAAACUGUCAGUUUACCUUGCUUGGUGCAGAGUACGUGGGACAUGGCUGGUGUCUGUCUUAAGGCACAUCCACCAUAAUCAGCAUCCUUGUUGCUGCAGGGUUGAGUGGAAGGGGACAACAGAGGAAAGCAGCUUAGCCUGGUUUGCGGGAAACUUGUAAUGUGGCCUUUGUGUUCUUACAUGUCUAUAGAUCUCUUUGUUAUAAGGUGUUUGGGGUUGAGUUUUUUUGGGGGGUGUGUGUGUUUGGGUUUUUGUUUUUUUUGUUUUCUUUUUGUUUGGUUGUUUUUUUGUAAAAGGAAAAGGAGUAACCACUUCAGACUUGCACAGGGACUUGUCUGUCAGCAGCGCACAGAAAUAUUCAGGAACUUCUGGAGUGGCUUUUUACUCUCUAAGCAAAAUCCUACACUUAUAAAAGGUGAAUUUUAUUUAAAAUACUAUAUACGGGUUAAUUUUUAAAUGAAAAAUAUUUAAUUUCUUCCUUAAGUCUAUGUUUGUACAUAGUUAGCUGUGCAUGGGAUAUUGCCUAACUAUAUAAGGUAAGAAGGAAUGGAGUGGGGGAAGUUAAUUUUGCUCUCCAGUGAACUAGGAUGGGUGCCUUCUGUAUAGUUGUAACUUCUUGGGAAACAGCAGGAAUGAGUUAACAAAAAAUUAUGUGUGAGAAGACUGUACUAUGUCAAAAUUAUGUCCAUUUUAUAUGUGUUUAUUCUAGGGAUACAUGUAAGUUACAGAGAUAAUUUUUUUUACAAGGUAUUUCAUUAGAUAGCUCCAGCCAUUGGAUCAUUCUGUGUGUCACCAGCAGAAGCAGAAAAUCUACUAAAUCAGAAUUCCUUUGGCGGAUUGGGUUUCAGUUAAAAUCUAAAAGCACAUUAAUUAAAUGCAUGUUUCUUUUUUAUAUGCUUCCACAUUCUAUAGUCCAACAAUAUAAACUAGCUCAGUUCAAGCAAUACCAUGCAUAUGUUGAGAGAGUUGUUUGUUUCUGCAGGACAUUGUAUCACCAGAUACUUUGCACAAGGCAAUAAGAAAAUGGAAGAAUCUAUAAAUGAUUGUGUCUGUGUUCUUCCAGUUGGUUGAUGCAGUGGUGCAGCAUUGCUGAGACUGUCGUGCAUUUAUACUCCCGGAUGGUUAUGCACAUUUUCUAUAUAUGUGCCUAGCUCGCAGUCACUGGGAAAAUGGUACUUAUCGCAGGUUUUCUGGUUUUGUGCCAAAACUUGGAAGUGAAACUUCUUUUGAAUAAGUAAUGUGUUUCGAAGAACAUAUAAGAAAAAGUUGCCAUCAUUUUAGCAACUGAUUUUCCUUCUUUUGCCUCCCGUAGGAGAGGAGACAAACUUGGAUGAUUGAGAGGUGGGAGUCUGUGUGAGACCUUUAGGUCCUACACGAGUGUGAUUUGGUUGAGUGGAGGCUGGAAGGAGUGGACAGUGGCAUUUCAGAAAGGUUCUGCUACCUUGCAGGACUGAGACAAAAACAGAUGCUAGGAAGAAAGGCAUUAUUCAUGCUGGUGAAGUUUCAAGACAUAGAAGGAAAUUAGUGUACUAUUUAUCCCUAUGCAGAGUGGCUUAAACCAAGCACAAAUAUUUAGCUUUCUAGUUCCACUGUUUUCAGUAGGCUCAGUGAUGUCUGUAUGCUAGAAAUACCUGUGGUCUAAGUUAAGUCUGCUGGAGCUAAAGAGCAGCAGGAAGGGGAGUGUUGGUUUUGGGCUUGUUUGGCUGUUAGAUGAGGGGAUCAUGCACUGUUUGAACAGUCUGGGGCCUUCAUGGUAUCUUCUUAGGUCUGCUUUUUACACUCGUUUUUGUUCUUAGUGGAAUGUAAAUAUGAUAAUAAACGUGUAACGUCAUUUUUCAGUA